UCCCGACUUCGCGUCCUCACCAUCAAUCUCACCUAAAAACCCCUUUCUAAAACCCUAAACGCAGAGGAAAACCUCAUAUUCAAAACUCUCUCAGAAGCAGAAACCGCGCAAAAAUAUGGGAAAAAAUAAACAGCAGCAGAAGAAGCAAGAGGAGCUCCUCAAAACCCUCGGAGAUUUCACCUGUAAAGAAAAUUGGGAUCAAUUUUUCAGCAUUAGAGGCAGUGAUGAUGCUUUCGAAUGGUACGCUGAGUGGCCGGAGCUCAAAGAUGUUCUUCUGCCCCAUCUAUCCUCGCCGUCACCGUCCAGCAGCAAUGACGAUGGCGGCGGCUCCAGCAGCGGCGGAAAGGCGGCGGAGGAAGUUCAGAUUUUGGUUCCAGGUUGUGGGAAUUCCAAGCUUUCGGAGUACCUUUAUGAUACAGGUUAUAGGAAUAUUACCAACAUUGAUUUUUCCAAAGUUGUGAUUUUGGAUAUGCUGAAGAGGAAUGUGAGGUUGAGGCCUGAAAUGAAAUGGCGGGUUAUGGAUAUGACUAAAAUGCAGUUUGAAAAGGAGACCUUUGAUGUUGUACUUGACAAAGGAGGAUUGGAUGCUUUGAUGGAACCGGAGCUUGGCCCUAAGUUAGGAAAUGAGUAUCUAUCCGAGGUAAAAAGAGUCCUUAAAGAUGGUGGAAAAUUCUUGUGUCUCACAUUGGCUGAAUCUCAUGUAUUAGGUCUACUGUUCCCUAAGUUCCGAUGUGGGUGGAGGUUGCGACUUCAUGUAAUCCCUCCAAAGUCUACUGCAAAGCCUAGCCUACUGACUUUCAUGGUGAUUGCUGAGAAGGAUGACUCUUCUUCUUUCUCACAGAUAUCAUCUUCGAUUGAUCUGCCUUCCUUUGCUAAAAAUGGGAAUCAGGUUCGUGGACUCUAUGAAGUGCUUCAAAGUGAAAAUGAGAUACGGUCAAAAUAUUCCAGCGGUUCUGAUGUAACAUAUUUACUUGAAGAUCUGAAAAUUGCACCUAAAGUGAAUCUAGAAGAGCUUUAUCCAGGUCGUCGGCUCCAGCUCAAGUUAGGUGAUCCUGGUGGUUCCCGUUUCACUUAUAAAGCUAUACUUCUUGAUGCUCCUCAGGAUUCUGGUCCUUUUUCUUAUCACUGCGGAGCUCUUCUCAUUCCCAAGAGUCGAGCUCAUGAGUGGUUAUAUUCUUCAGAGGAAGGUCAAUGGAUGGUUGUUGAGAGCUCAAAGGCUGCUCGUCUAGUGAUGAUUUUACUGGACUCCAGCCACAGUGAUGUUAGCAUGGAUGAAAUCCAGAAAGAUCUUUCCCCACUAGUCAAACAACUGGAACCGGGAGACAACCGUGGAGCUCAAAUUCCGUUUAUGGCUGCAAGUGAUGGGAUCAAGCAACGAAAGAUUGUACAUAAGAUUACAUCACCCUUGACGGGUCCAAUCAUUGUGGAGGAUGUGAUAUAUGAAAAGAAUGAUGAUUAUAUUAGUCGCCUGUCUCCAUCCAAGGAUGUGACAUUUCGGCGCUUGACAUUUGAAAGAAGUGAAGGUAUAAUUCAAUCUGAGGCCCUUCUGGUGAGGGCGGGUUCCCAAGUAACUGAUGAUAUAGGGCAGAAGAAAACACGUCUUUCGAGCAAACCCCGUAAAGGAAAUCAGAGAAAAUCAGAUUUGAUCAUUGACUUGCGAGUUGACCACUCUUACUUGGCAAGUUCAUACCACUCUGGAAUUGUUUCUGGAUUAGCAUUGAUAGCGUCAUAUAUGGGAGAAAUUGCCUCAAAGGGAGAGACGGUUAAAUCUGUAAUAGUAGGGCUGGGAGCAGGAUUGUUGCCAAUGUUUUUGCAUGGCUGCCUACCGUUUCUAAAGAUUGAAGUUGUGGAGUUAGAUUCUGUGGUGCUGGACGUGGCCAGAGAUUAUUUUGGUGUUACAGAAGAUAUGCGUUUGAAGGUACAUGUUACUGAUGGGAUAAAGUAUGUUGGGGACAUUGCAAGUUCUGAGGUCAGUAAUGUCGUAACUGAAGAUAAUGGGACUAAGGACGCUCCCGUCAAGGAAAAAGUAUCUGCUUCUGAUGGAGGCAGCAGUUUAUUACCUGCCGGGAGAGAAAAUCAUAGUAAAAUUGAUUUACUUGUUGUAGACGUGGAUUCUGCCGAUAUCAGGUAAUAUUCUAGGAUUAAAAAGCUAGAUCAUGUUACUAGAAUGAUAUUGUCCCUGGUGAUCUUCCUGCAUUGAGGCUAUUUAUUUUUUCCCCUUUUCUUGUUUGCCAGCUCUGGUUUGACUUGCCCAGCUGCAGAUUUUGUUGAAGAUUCUUUUCUAUUAACUGCCAAAAACACUCUUUCAAGGCAAGGUUUGUUCGUUAUUAAUCUAGUGUCAAGAUCCCCUGCCAUCAAAGAUAUGGUCUUCUCAAGGAUGAAAACGGUAAGAGUUGAAUUGAUGUGGAUUCAUAUAACUGUUAAUUGAUAUUUUAAUGUCGCAUAGGAAUCGCGUUCGUCCUGGUUAGAAGCUUGAUUACAGAAUUUAGUAAUAUACGUCAUAAUCCUGAUCACAUCACAACCCUUUGAGACUCUAGCUAUGUUGUUUACAUUGAAUAUUUUUAGUGAACGGAAUAGAUCGUGAUCUGACCGAAAUUUAGGAGUUUGUCAAUAAAAGAAAGGAGAAAGUUUGAUGAAUUUUAUCUUCCUGGCCCUAGCCUAUUUCCUUCUAUUUAUUGUGUAGUUUUUAUUUUUAGUGUACAUAUAUUUUUGUCCUGUCAUAAAGAAUCUCUCCCUGCCAGAUGGACAUGCAGAUUACUUUGAACCAUAUGAAUCCUGGGGUUUUGUUUGCGUUCUUCUCCUUCUCGUCUAUUACAGUUACAUUGUUAUUUGCAUAACUAGUUUAAGUUGGAGUCUGUGUAAAUGAAAUUGUAUUAGCUGCAUAAAAGCACUGUUGCUGAAUCCACUCUUCUAUUUCCAUUUGCCAUCCUUGGCAAUGAUCAUUCACAUGUAUCUUCAUGUUCUGCAGAUAUUCACUAACCUCUUCUAUCUCGAACUCGAGGAAGAUGUCAAUGUAGUUAUUUUCGCUCUUAACUCAGAAGCUAGCAUCAAGGAUGAUCAACUUCAUGAAGCUUGUCGUGAACUCUCUAGAUUGUUAAUCCUUAAACACGAGGGAUUGCGCAACCAAAUUGUGAAAGAUGCUAGUAAAAUUAAGCGUCUACAGUGACUUGCACCGCAGACCAAACGUAAAACCUGUCCCGGCUACUCUUGGGCGGUCAGGCAGGAGAAUACUGCAUCAGCCCAGGUGUAUCUUCUGCUUUGGCAGGAGAAGUUAGCAAACCCGAUAUUCAGCUUCUUCUUGUGAUAUGUUUCUCGUGAGUGUAUGAUGUUUUCUUAUUCAUUGAUUGUACAAUUUAUUAAGCUCCUCUUACUAAAAUGUUAUAGAAAAAACUGCAAACUAGUGAGAUUGUAUUGAAAACUGAAAAGUUCUAUAAACAACUCUUUCUGGGAAUGAAAAAGGAUAAGAAAUUAGUUUUCUCUUUUUUCCUUUUUCCUCAAUCAGAUGGACCGAUAGGGAUAUGCUUCAAGUCUUCCCUUCAUCAAACAUCAAAAAGAGAAACAGGAAACAAGCAGUUACAAUGAAGCUAAUUGGUUCGAUUAUCUCUCUAUGUAAUCAUCACGAGAUACCAAAAUUUGAAUAGACUCUAAAAUCAAGAGAUAAGUAUGUACAGGUACCGUUAUUUAGACAUAUGGAUCAAGCGUCUUAGGCCGUAGAUAAGUGCUGGAAGACCCCUGUUUCACUCCUGCAACCUUUCGCUGUUUCUGAGCUCUCUUCGUCCUCUCUCUUUCGUUGUUGUUUCUUUCUUCCUCUGCUUGAUCCGAACGCAACUUAUCCAUCUCUUCUUCCAUAGCCGUUUUCUCUUCCUUCUGUCUCUUUUUAUGUUCCAACAUUGAUGUAUCAGAAUCCUUGAUGUAGAAAAACAUACGUCCAAACUCGGCCAACCACUGAGGCUCUACAGCUGUAGCAUUGCGCAUGUAUUCCUUUGUUGUCAAAACUAGCUCAUGAUAAACUAUAUAAUCCGGUGUGUAACCUGAACCAUAAAGAGAACUACUUGAAGGCAAGUGGCAUGGCAUCCCAUUUCUCAAGUUGACAUAUUCCCCAACUCCCUUUUGCUUUGCUGCAUUGUGGAAGUAAGCUGAACAGAUUGCCUUCCUUACGACGUCCCAAUCAGGACCACAAGAAGUAGGAGGGAUUCUCAGCGUCUUCAGAAUGUCCAAAAGUUGUGAUCUUACUUCUCUUGCCUUGCGUAACCCCUUGACUAGCAGAAAAUGGUCAUUGCACCAGUCGCCUCGAUAAUGAUUCGCUUCCCACUGCUUGUAGACAUUGAGAAGAGUGAGGUGAUCAGAUUCAGGAACGAAAAACUUUUCCCUGGCUGCGUCACUCUCCUCUUCCCGGUCUUUAGGUCUAAAGAAAACUGAUGGCACAGAAAGCAUAGACACAAUGGUCAGAACCUCAUUUAUGCAUCCAAGUUCUUCACCAACCAACAUCAUCUUCGCGAGUGGAGGAUCUAACGGGAACUCCACCAUUUUCCUUCCAAGAUCAGUGAGGUCACCCACAUUAUCCAGCGCGCCUAAAACCCACAACUGAUGCAGGGAGUUAAGAAUAUUGUCUUGUGGAGGCGGAUCCAUAAAAUCAAAAUCCAACAGGUAUUUAAUUUUCAGAGACUUGAGCAACAAUACAACAUUGCUGAGAUUAGUCCUCUGAAUCUCUGGCAAAGGACUAGGCAACAUUUCAUUUUGAUAAGCGCUAUCUGUAUAAAGUCGAUAACAAAAGCCUGGACCAGUUCUACCAGCACGCCCUUUACGUUGGUCAGCAGCAGCACGACUAACAGGGAAGACUUGCAGCGCAUCCAUACCCAUACGAGGGUUGUAAACCUUUAUCUUACCAUAGCCGGUGUCUAUGACAUAAUGUAUCCCAUCCACAGUCAAAGAAGUCUCUGCAAUGUUGGUAGCAACAAUGCACUUCCGCGUCCCUUCUUCAGCUUUCUCGAAUAUUUUGGCUUGUAAGUCUGCUGGCAACUGUGAGUACAUUGGAAGAAUCAACAGCUUUCGAACGGCUCUCUUUGAUGAAGCAAUAAGCUGUUCCAUUCGUUCUGCGAGCACAUAACAUGUUGCUUCAACAUCAUCUUGACCAGUCAUGAAAAUGAGAAUGUCCCCUGGCUGGUCAGUUGUGAUGUGAAUAGUCAUAGCCUGUUUGACUGCAGCUUCAACAUAAUCUUCACAGGGGAACUUACUAUACAAUGUUUGUACAGGAAAAGUCCUCCCCGGGAUAUCAAAUACCGGUGCACACCCAAAAAAGUCUGAAAAUUUACCAGCAUUGAGAGUAGCCGAUGUCACAAUAAGCUUAAAAUCAAGGCGUCGCGCAAGAACUUUCUUAAGGAUCCCGAACAGUACAUCAGUACUUAGUGAUCUCUCAUGAGCUUCAUCCAUCACAACAACACGAUAUUUUUCGAGAUCAGAAUCCCUCAGUGUCUCUCGAAGAAGCACACCAUCAGUCAUGUACUUAAUCACAGUAUUUGGACCAGUCACAUCUUCAAAGCGAAUCGCGUAUCCAACUUUAUCACCAAGCUCGGUUUCCAUUUCUUCGCUGACUCUUUUCGCAACACUCGCAGCUGCUACACGUCUUGGCUGUGUACAUCCAACAAUGCUGCCAUUUACAGUGUAUCCAUCCUCAUGCAGAUACUGUGUUAGUUGAGUAGUCUUUCCAGAACCGGUUUCUCCAACAACCACAACAACCUGAUUCUCGCGAAUCACCUGAAGCAACUCGUCACGAACAGAAAAGAUAGGCAAAUACUCCCUUUGCUGCGCAAUUGUUUUGGAUCUCGAAAACUCACUCACUGCUUCCCCCUUCCCCAUGUGCUGCGCGAACCUCGCGUCUUCUUUGAAAUCGACUUCACAUUCUUUCCCAACUACUGCUGUAUCUGCAUCAAUCUGUUCUGCUGUCUUUUCAACACCCAAAAUGUCACCAAGUUUUGAACCAGCAAGCUCCCAAAACCGCUCCCUCGAUUUAUUCAAGCUUUGCUUUUCAUGAACUUCGCAAACUAACGUAGAUCCUUUUCGCGAUAUAACGGCCAUAUCUGAUGUAGGAUUUUUGAUUGGCAAAAGUGGUUCAGCUUGCUUUGAGAAAACAAUACUCCCAUCAAGAAAAGGAGGCUUUACAUCAUGAACAAGCAGAACAUAUUUCCUCUCUUCUUCAUCGUCGAAUUCAGUCUGCAAUUCGGUACUCUUAACAAUUCCAGAUCUCUUCAGUUGCUCAUCUUCCCAACGAGCAUUAUCCACGAAACGUUGUGAAGAUUUUUUGCUCUGAGCAAGUGUCAUCUUGCUUCCAUCUCUCCUAUCAAAUCUUUUAUUCUUCUCCAAAAACUCUGUUUUCUUGAAAGAUUCCUCUGCAGCUAGGAAAUAACCGGAAUCAUCAACAAAAAUUGAAGCAGCGCCACCGUCUUCCUCCCAAUCAUACCAGGAACGAUCAGGAAUGUACUCCAUCCCUAAUCUCAUACUUUCCGAUAUCUCCACAUUUUUAUUGUCACUCGUGACAUCUUUUUUCCCAUUUUCAACCAACUGUGAAGGGCCACUGGUGGAUUUUCUUCUACUGUGAUAACUCGAUGACGACGAGAAGAAUGUGGAUGAUCCUGAUGCUCGUAUCGGAGUUGUUAGAGGAGCAAUUGAGUCCCAAGGAGAAUUGGAGGGUUGAAUAUGAUGUCUGCUAUCCUUCAAUUCCGAUCUAAACUCUUCAUGUCUUCUUCUUCUUUUACUUCCUCUGUAUCUAUCAGUAUACUCCCUCUGAUCAUGACCUUGGGAGGAUUUCCGGCGAUGAUCAUCAGAAUCACGUGACACUGAAGAUUGACUAUAAUUUCCAUCUGGGUAUGACGAAUCAUGAUGAAUACUUGCAUUCUCACGGUGGUUGUUGUUCCGAAUGGUGAAAUUCCGUUGAACCCUUUUCACAUUGUUUGAAACUUCAUCAUCAGACUCAUUUGAUGGCAUAAUUUCUUCUUCGUCAUUCAAAGAUGAUGCCAAAACGGAAGCAACAACUUUUUGUUUUGGUGGGUUCAUCAUCUUCUUCUUCAAUGAGGCAUCGGAUCGUUGUGAUUUCCUCCCGGCCGCCGCCGGCGGCCUGAACAGAACUCUGUCUUUGACCGGAAUUGUUAACCCUCCAACACCGGAGUUUUCAGGGAUGUCUAAAAUAUCAGUCAUCUUGUCAAAAGCAAUAGUAGAUCCACCAUAAUCGGCCUGCAUAACUGCUAAUUCAGUGGAAGAAAAAAAGGGAAUCUGAGCCCUUCAGUAUGAGAAACCCUGGAGGAAAAAAGAGAUCAGGUUGUAUUUUUUUUUCAAAAAAAAAAAAGGACUAUGUCGGAUUGUGCUCGGAGCCGGAAUAUGAUCUUGCCACCUCGAUGUCGGUUUUGAGGAAACUAAAAGGUUUGGGAUUUAGGUUAAGGCUUAUUAGGUUUUCCUCUUCUUUUUUUUUAAUGACAAUAAUCUGGUUGACUAAACAGUUCAUAAAUA